AUGGCGGGCCGUAUGGUGCUGUACAAGCUUGUGGUUUUGGGAGAUGGCGGUGUCGGCAAGACGGCUUUGACGAUCCAGCUGUGUUUGCAACACUUUGUGGAAACCUAUGACCCUACGAUUGAAGAUUCGUAUCGCAAGCAGGUUGUCAUCGACGGUCAACCUUGCAUGCUCGAAGUCCUCGACACGGCUGGCCAGGAAGAGUACACAGCCCUGCGCGAUCAAUGGAUCCGUGACGGCGAGGGCUUCGUCCUGGUGUACAGCAUCUCGUCCCGGUCCUCGUUUACCCGCAUCAAGAGGUUCCAUCACCAAAUACAACGAGUAAAGGAGUCGUGCGCCUCGUCGCCGUCCUUUCCGGGCUCGCCCCUCUCCGCGGCCAGCCCGGAGCUGCCGGUGCCCAUCAUGCUGGUGGGCAACAAGAGCGACAGGGUCACGGAGCGCGAGGUAUCCACGCAAGAAGGGCACGCCUUGGCUCGCGAGCUCGGCUGCGAAUUCGUCGAGGCUUCGGCAAAGAACUGCAUCAACGUGGAAAAGGCGUUUUACGACGUCGUCCGGAUCCUGCGUCGACAGCGACAGCACGCCGCUCGGCCGUCGGGCAGCGCGAGCGGACGCUCUCGGACGGCCAACGGAGAGGUCGGCGGCCGGGAGCGCGAGGCCCAGAGGCCGCGCCGCAGCAAAGAUGGCGAAAAGGGCAAAAAGUGCAUAGUCUUGUGA